AUGAGUGAACCUUUCACAGUAAACCAAAACUAUUUUCGUUCCGGAAGCUUAACCAUUGCUGCCAUCAUUUCUCAGAUCUACACCUUUUCCAACCCUAUAAACUUCAAUAGACAUCCCUCUCAAGAACUCCUUGACGAUGUCUUCCAUUUUAUUGCUAGUGGGACUUAUCUGGCUUCACUGGAACUCCUCUCCACAUGGGGAAGAUUCAUCCCAAACUAUAAGUGUGAUGUGUGGGGUAAUGUUGUAGCUGUCAUUGGGGGACCUAAUUCAGAUGUGUGUGCUUUCAUGGUAACCAUUCUCCAUAUCUUCAAAAUCCCUCAGGUCGGCUAUGGCUCUGCUCCAGUGAUGAAAGGUCAUGCCCAAGGUGCUUUCUUCCAGAGGAUGUUCCCAAAUGUGGACCGACAGAAUGCAGGGAUUCUACAAUUGCUGUUGUUUUUCAGGUGGACGUGGAUUGGGGUGGUUUUUAUAGAUGAUGACAAUGGGCAGAGUUUUGUACAGACUGUGCUUCCUGAGUUUUCCCAGAGUGGCAUCUGCUUUGAAUUUGUAGAAACUUUACCACCACUCUAUCUCACCAAGGAUGUUGAUGACACAAUGGUUGAGUGGGUUGAAACAUGUAAGAUUAUUAUGGGUAGCACUGCCAACGUCGUGGUUCUACAUGGUGAAAUUCAUACUAUGAUAUUCUUGAGAAUGCUUCCGCGAGUUUUAGAAAUAGAGGAUAUUACAAGGAAGACAAAAGUCUGGGUUAUGACCGCCCAGAUGGAAUUCACAUCAGUUGACUUCCAAAAUACUUGGGACAUAGACAUCAUCCAUGGUGCUUUAUCCAUUGCAGUUCAUGCCAAGGAGGUCUUAGGUUUCCAGAAAUUCCUCCAGAUGAGAAAUCCUUUCUCUGAAAAAGAAGAUGUCUUUCUCAGGAUCUUCUGGGAAAAGGCUUUUAAUUGUUUAUUCCCCCAAAGUGAGGUAGAAUGGGAGGCUGGGGAAAACUGCACGGGGGAGGAGAAGCUGGAGACGCUUCCUGCGUCUGUCUUUGAAAUGAGCCUGACUGGCCACAGCUACAGUGUGUACAAUGCAGUCUUUGCUGUAGCACAUGCUUUGCAAUCCAUGCAGUCAUUCAAAUUGAAACACGCAACAAAGAUGGACGGAGGGAGAGGGGAGCUUCUGAAUCAAGAACCAUGGCAGCUCCAUGACUUCCUUAAAAGGGUCUCCUUUAACAACAGUGCUGGGGAAAAGGUUUCCUUCGAUCAAAAUGGAGAAUUAACAGCUGGAUUUGAUAUUAUCAAUUGGGUAACAUUCCCAAACCACUCCUUUCUUCGAGCCAUACUUGGCAACAUAGAUGUCAUUGCUCCCAAAGAGAAAACGCUGAACAUUUCUUCUAAUGAUAUUGUAUGGCCUACCACAUUUAACCAGGCACAGCCGCUUUCUGUGUGUAAUGAAUUCUGCCAUCCGGGUUCUAGGAAGACUAAGAUGGAAGGGAAACCGUUUUGCUGCUAUGGUUGCGUUUCAUGCCCAGAAGGGAAGAUUUCCAGCCUGACCGAUAUGGCAGACUGUUUACAAUGUCCGAGCGAUCACUAUGCAAACCGUGCGCAGGAUUUAUGUAUUCCAAAAAAUAUAAUCUUCUUGUCUAAUGGAGAACCUUUGGGAAUCAGUAUGGCCAUUUUUGCUCUUUGCUUUUCUUUCAUCACAGCUUUCAUACUGGGAAUCUUCAUUAAGCACAACAAUACCCCCAUAGUCAAAGCCAACAACAGGAACCUCACUUACAGUCUCCUCGUCUCACUCCUGCUCUCCUUUCUCUGUGCUCUGCUAUUCAUAGGCCAACCCAAGGAGGGGACGUGCCUCCUUCGACAAACUUCCUUUGCCACUAUCUUCUCAGUGGCAGUUUCUUGCAUUUUGGCCAAAACUGCCAUAGUGCUUUUAGCCUUCAUGGCCACCAAGCCAGGAUCCAGCCUGAGAAGAUGGGUGGGGAAUAGACUGGCCAUUUCUGUUGUUCUUUUUUGCUCCCUGAUUCAAACCAGUCUGUGUAUGGUGUGGCUGGCAACAUCGCCCCCGUUCCCAGAUGUAGACAUGCACACAAUGGCUAAAGAGAUUGUUCUGGAAUGCAAUGAAGGUUCACUCACCAUGUUCUGCUGUGUCCUGGGCUUCCUGGGCUUCCAGGCCACUGUCAGCUUCAUUGUGGCUUUCCUAGCCAGGAAGUUGCCAGACAGUUUCAAUGAAGCCAAGUUCAUCACAUUCAGUAUGUUGGUCUUCUGCAGUGUUUGGGUGACCUUUGUCCCAGCCUACAUGAGCGCUAAGGGGAAAUACAUGGUGGCUGUGGAAAUCUUCUCCAUCUUGGCCUCCGGUGCUGGAUUACUGGGCUGCAUCUUUUCCCCUAAAUGCUACAUCAUUCUGCUAAAGCCUGAGCUGAACAGCAAGGGGCAGUUAGUAAGAAGAAGAAAAUGA